AUGAUUGUUUAUCAUGGUGUGGACCUGACGAUUUAUGUUCGGCGACGUUUCGAGAGAUCCUUUUCUCAUCAUUUCUCAUCAUCCCAUUUUCCAUCAUUUCUCAUCAUUCGAGAGAUCCUUUUCUCAUCAUUUCUCAUCAUCCCGAUGAUGAGAGAAGGAUCUCUCGAAACGUCGCCAAACAAUCAAAUAUUUAUCAAUGCACACAAGACGAUAGAUGAGCGAGUGUCGGCCGCAAACCAAUUGAAAAGUCAUUAUCCGGAUGUACCAGUAUACAUUGACCCACUAGACAACACAAUAAGUCGCUCAUUUGGUGCGUAUCCGGAAAGAUUGUACAUUUUGUUGGACAACGUCAUCCUGUAUGACGGAAAUGUGGGUCCGUUCUUUUAUUCCUUAAGUGCUGUGGAAGAUUGGAUCGUGAAUUAUGUUGAGAAACAAUAG